AUGGGGCUGUGUUGUGACGGGGUGCUGUGUUAUGGCGCUGUUGGGGUGCUGUGUUAUGGGGCUGUGUUGUGCUGGGGUGCUGUGUUAUGGGGCUGUGUUGUGCUGGGGUGCUGUGUUGUGCCGGGGUGCUGUGUUAUGGGGCUGUGUUGUGCUGGGGUGCUGUGUUGUGCCGGGGUGCUGUGUUAUGGGGCUGUGUUGUGCCGGGGUGCUGUGUUAUGGGGCUGUGUUGUGCUGGGGUGCUGUGUUAUGGGGCUGUGUUGUGCUGGGGUGCUGUGUUGUGGCGGGGUGCUGUGUUAUGGGGCUGUGUUGUGCCGGGGUGCUGUGUUAUGGGGCUGUGUUGUGCCGGGGUGCUGUGUUAUGGGGCUGUGUUGUGCCGGGGUGCUGUGUUAUGGGGCUGUGUUGUGCUGGGGUGCUGUGUUAUGGGGCUGUGUUGUGCUGGGGUGCUGUGUUGUGCCGGGGUGCUGUGUUAUGGGGCUGUGUUGUGCUGGGGUGCUGUGUUGUGCCGGGGUGCUGUGUUAUAGGGCUGUGUUGUGCUGGGGUGCUGUGUUAUGGGGCUGUGUUGUGGCGGGGUGCUGUGUUAUGGGGCUGUGUUGUGGCGGGGUGCUGUGUUAUGGGGCUGUGUUGUGCUGGGGUGCUGUGUUAUGGGGCUGUGUUGUGCUGGGGUGCUGUGUUAUGGGGCUGUGUUGUGCUGGGGUGCUGUGUUAUGGGGCUGUGUUGUGCCGGGGUGCUGUAUUGUGGGGCUGUGUUGUGCCGGGGUGCUGUGUUAUGGGGCUGUGUUGUGCCGGGGUGCUGUGUUAUGGGGCUGUGUUGUGCUGGGGUGCUGUGUUAUGGGGCUGUGUUGUGCCGGGGUGCUGUGUUAUGGGGCUGUGUUGUGCCGGGGUGCUGUGUUAUGGGGCUGUGUUGUGCUGGGGUGCUGUGUUGUGCCGGGGUGCUGUGUUAUGGGGCUGUGUUGUGCUCUUGAUGACGGGUUGUCAAGGUCUUCCGUGCAACUAA